GCUACUAGCUGAACAAAACAUGUGUCUCUCAUUGGCACUUCAUAUAUAAGGCUACCUACUUAUUUUGUUUAAGAAAUAAAAUUAGAGUUGUUAGUAUGUCGUACAAUACUUUUGGAAUACGGAGGUGAUUCCUAGAUAGCUAAUUUAUUUGUCCAGGUGACCUGAAGGCACGUCAGUCUGACGCAAAAAAUGUUCAGGAACGAGUAUCAGGGGGGAGCUGUGUUUGACAUCUUCAGUGGACAAGGAAAAGACCCUGUAGCUAAAUGGAAACUUUGUGGAGGACCCUCGGCUAUACAUAAAGAGUAUAAUAAAGAAGUUAAAGGAUUUGUUUACUGUUUGGAGGGAAGCAGCCAGACAGUCAAGAUGCAAAUGCCAGAGAAUGCAAAAAUGUCUCUCGGGCUUAUCCAAAGGUUUUUGGUCCUUCAAGUGAAUAUUCCUCAGCGCCAUGAUUUUUCCACUGAGCUUGUGAUAACUGAUUCGGAGCAUCAAAAAAGAAGACUUCACUUUUCAACAGUGCAUAAGGAGUUGUCUACAACAUUAUUGCAUGCAAAGAUACCUUUCACAGAGUUGAAGCGUGAUAUUUGGUCUACUUUAUGCAUCGAUCUGGUGUCAUGGACCAGUGAGCUCUUCAAAGGAUUUCUGACCCUGGAUGGCAUCACUUUGUUUGCCACCUGUAAAGUCCGGAGAAUCUUCACGAUGAAAAUAGGYCCUGGAAAAAUGUCAGAUUAUGAUGCGUUUCUCAAUGGAGCCAGUCUUGUGGACGUGAUCCCUCAAAGCUUCCGGUACCCACAAGAUGUGCGCCAAAUUGCUCACAUGUUGAGCAUCGAGAAUUUACGGAAGGCAGAAAUGAGGUCUGAUCCUUUCAGCUCUGGCUCUGUACCUGAUCAGUCUCCCACUGCCAUAUCAACCAAAGAUCGGAGAGCCAAGCCCCAGGGUGUCUUACACACAGCCUCAGGCUCCAGAGCUUCAGCACCAUCUCCACAGACUGGAAGAAAAAGCAGCACAACCUCAGACAGAAUGAAGAGAAAUGGUUCCCCRUCAGGUAGAAUGAGCACGAAGAUUACUCCACAGAGUCAGAAUAUUACCAAGAUGGGUGAAAAUUUAUCCCACGGUCAGCGCUCCCAUGUUCCUCAUGAGGGAGCAUCUUUCAAAUUGCAGCCGCGCCCGCCUCAAAAGGGAGGCUUCGGCAAACAGGGAUGUAAGACGCUAUGGGUUGCCAGUGCCGGAAGAGAGAGGCUACCAUCAUCAGCUCCUCUAGUUGGUGGCCAGAGGAAGACAAGUGUAAGCAGGGAGCAACGUACCCUUCCAUUCAGUCAGCAGAAGAGCAGACAGCAGCCUCUGACCUCAACAGGAAAGUCAGAACGUCUAACCCCAGAUGAGCGUAGUUGCAGCCCUGUCAAGGAAAGUCCAGGCACCGUCACCACAACAGCAGAGUCUCAGCUUCUGCCAGGUUUGCUUUCUGACCUGCGGGUUUGGAACAGCUGGGAGAGUAAUGAGGGGUCUGAGCCCCAGCUCACUCUGCAAGAGGAGCUGUUCACUUUCUCAUCGCCGCCGCACUCACCCAAGCGAGGGCAAAGCCAAGGUGACCAGGCAAAGAUUGAGAUGGGAGAUGAUCGAGUCCAGAGCGAAAGAGGAGGGCGGCGUCAUGCCCAGCCUGAAGACGACUUUAUCGGCAGCGAAAGCGAUGAGGAUAAGAGCCACAAUGUGUUCCACCAUGAAGAAUCUAGCAUGCCCUCCCCUGCUACAACCAGACCUACUGAUGCAACUCAACACGAGCAAAYGGAACCUCAUCCUGGAUCUUCUCAGACAAACCAAGGAUCACAAAAACAGCUUUUGCCCAACACCUGCACGGAGCUUCUAUCCAAUGGGAGAGCUGAACCAGCAGCGAWGAUCCCCACUCGCUGCCUCUCGCCAAACACACACGACCUAAAGUUUGUGGACCGUGUUUUCGACAAGAGUAGCAGCGUUUCACUUCGUAGGAAACUUCCAGAAGAAGUCACAUUGGGCGCCUCCACACAGCACAAGGAAGAAGACGGAGAUGCGAUGCUGAAGGCAGUUAAUUCAAGUCAUUAUGUCCAACAACUCUACAGCAGCAGACAGAUGCAUGCAGAUGAUGACGACGAGGAGCUCCGAAUGCUGGCAAGCCUGAAAAGAGAGCAGGAAGAAGAUGAAUGCAGAGCUCUGGGCCUCAGCUUAUCUCAGAUCCAGCAGUGUGAUGUCAGCGUCAGCCAGAGCAGCGACGACACCUCAGCCUGGACCCACAUUUCCACGCCAGUGAAUCAGGGGCAUCACUAUCAGGAGGAAAUGAACCCUUUGCUUCAGUCAAACCCAAGAGAGUGGAUGGACGUGCUCAGCCCUCCUAUUAUGCCUCCAAGCCAGCAGAGAAGGUCAGGCUCCGCACAGAACAAUUUGGAAAGACUAGGCAGAGGAGAGGAUGGGCUGGUGAAAGAAGAGGAGAAUGAAGAUGAAUAUUUGAAACUGCUCUAUGAUCCUUGCCUCAACUGCUAUUUCGAUCCUGAGACAGGAAAGUACUAUGAGCUAGCUUAACUGGAAGCCCAUUAGAAUCAGAAAUAAUGAAUCACAUUAACAGCGAAUGAAUUGCUUCUGUACUUUUAUUUCAUUAUAUUUCAUUUUUUUAGGCCGAGCUUAUUGAUUGAAAGCCGAUUCUCCAUUCAUAAAAACCCUUUCUGUGUUUUUGUUCUUGGAAACUAUCGACAGCUUUGUGCCGCUAUAGUCAUGUUAAGGUUUUGGGGAAACUCACCAAAUCGAAUGCAUGCCCUUUUUUUCCAAGAAAGUGAUCAUUCACUUGCACAUCUGAUGACAAAAUGAGUUCUUUAUGAAAAGUCUUGGCUGGGAAAUGGAUAUGGGUGCUUUCUAAAAGAACACACUAGAGCUUCUUUUAUAAAUGACAUUGAAAAUUUAGUUGGAUUUAAUGGAAUUUUUUAGUCAGAAUGUAUGCAAAAAAAAACUGUCAUAAAAUAUGUUUCUGUGUAUCCACCGUAUUGUGGUAUUUUUUG